UAUCCCGAAACCAAACGCAUGCUAACCUUUCUCACGUCAGCGGCUGAGCACGGAGAGGCCACAGAGACCACACGGGAGGAGCAGCAGCGAGAUGGCGGCGGCGGAGACCUCGGGCACGGCGAUAGGGUCCUCGGGAAGAUGGGCGCUCCACGGCAAGACGGCCCUCGUCACCGGCGGCACACGCGGCAUCGGGCGUGCGGUCGUGGAGGAACUGGCGGCGCUGGGGGCGGCCGUGCACACUUGCUCCCGGAAGGAGGAGGAGCUCGGCGAGCGCAUCAAGGAGUGGGAGGCCAGGGGGUUCCGCGUCACCGGCUCCGUGUGCGACCUCUCCGCGCGGGACCAGCGGGAGCGCCUGCUCCGUGAGGUCGCCGACCGCUUCGGCGGCAAGCUCGACAUCCUUGUAAACAAUGUGGGAACAAACAUAAGGAAACCAACCACUGAAUUUUCUGCAGAGGAAUACUCAUUUUUGAUGGCCACUAAUCUGGAAUCUGCCUAUCACUUGUGCCAAAUUGCACAUCCUCUUUUGAAAUUGUCUGGUUCAGGCAGCAUUGUCUUCAUAUCAUCAGUUGCCGGAGUAGUAAGUGUGUUUAGCGGAACUAUAUAUGCUAUGACUAAAGGUGCCAUUAACCAGUUAACCAAGACCUUAGCAUGCGAAUGGGCGAGAGACAACAUCAGAGCCAACUCUGUUGCCCCGUGGUACAUCACGACUUCACUUACUGAAAAGCUAUUGGAGAGUAACUCAUUCAAGGAGCAAGUUGUGAGUCGAACUCCGCUUGGGCGUGUUGGAGAACCUGGAGAAAUAUCAGCACUUGUUGCUUUUCUUUGCAUGCCUGGUUCCACUUACAUUACCGGCCAGACGAUCUCGGUGGAUGGCGGUACGACUGUAAAUGGGUUUUGCCCAACCAAGCCCUUCUAGGUGGAAGCUACUAUGGUGGUGUCCUCGGAAGUUGGAACUUGGAACAAAACCUAAUAAUAUCAUGAAUCGGUCAUGAUUAUUGUUCAAUGCAUAAUUCUAUCAUAAUCAUGUGAAAAAGGAUGUCUUGAGAUUUGAUCGGUGCUAUGCAAAUCUAUGAUCUCGCCGACCUGUUUGGCUAGUUAAUUUCAUC